AUUGGGCCAAACCGAGCUGCCGUAGUGCGUCACAUGUUAACCAGGGUUGAUGCUACCGACAGCUUGACAACAUUUUGAAAGUCGAAGGAAAAAACGAAGAAUUAUUGAGAUAAGUGCUCUGUCGUUGUUGGCACUCUGCGCUUUGCUUUGAAAUGUCGUAACACCUCCGUGUAUUGUUGGAUAAAACACACCAGGUUAGCUGACAUUGUCAACACAGGAGCUACAAUAAAGAGAGCUCCAGAUGCGGCUAAAGGACCCCUUCUCUUUGAAAGCCGCCGAUAUGACUAAGCGGACUAAUAAACCGAGGAAACCUCGAGAUGAGGAGUCAUCAGAUGAAGUCAGUGGGUUGACUUGCCAGCAUGUGAGUAAGGCAGUAGACCUGAGCUCAGUGAAGAAAUCUGUGCUGUCCAGCGUGUGGUUGGUGUGCUCUGAGUGCCUAAAGGAGAGGACCAUGAUUGAUGGAGAGCCAGCAGCAUCCCAUGACAUCCUGGUGUGCUUAAAGUGUGGUUUCCAGGGCUGUAACCAGACAGGGAUCCAGCACGCUGUCAAGCACCACCAGGCGUUCCGUCCAGAGUCUCACUGCAUCACUAUCAGCUUGAGCACGUGGAAGGCCUGGUGUUUUGAAUGUAAUGAGGAGCUCUCCACUCACUGCAACAAGAAGGCUUUGGCUCAGACCCUGGACUUCUUACAAAAGCACUCUGUCAAGGCAACAUCAGGAGCUUCACCCAAGGUCAUCAAAUUUCAAGAGGAACCAUCAGAUUAUACAGACCCACCCAAAGGAAAGAGUCCAGCCAUUAACAGCACAUUGGUCCCUGUUAAAGGCAUAAAUAACCUUGGUAACACUUGCUUCUUCAACGCUGUUAUGCAGGGCUCCGCGCUUCAAGGGCUACCAACAACAAGACAGCCAGGAGCUUCUGCACUACCUAAUGGAUUCUAUAAGAGUAGAGGAAACUAAAAGGGUGAAAGCGGGAAUUCUGAAAGCUUUCAACAAUCCCACAGAGAAGACUGCAGAUGAGGACACCAAACGCAAAGUCAAAGCAUACGGGAAGGAAGGUGUGAGGAUGAACUUCGUUGACCGCAUCUUUGUAGGCGAGCUGACCAACACAAUAAUGUGUGAGGAGUGUGAGCAUAUCUCCACAGUGAAGGAGGCUUUCAUAGACAUCUCUCUACCCAUCAUAGAGGAGAGGAUAUCAAAACCAUCAAACCCUGGUAGGCUGGGGAAGGGCAGCCGGGAGCAGGACACCCACAUGACUCACAGCGACCAGGUUCCUUUUGCAGCGCACUCUGUCAACAGAAACACCAGGAAGCUGAGCGGACAGAAGCAACAGAGCAGGAGGUCUUCGAGCUCUGUGGAGGAGAAGGGAGCAGGCUGCAGUGCGGAGCGGCCAGAGGAGGAGGGGGUAGCUGGUGGAUCAGCCCGCGGCGUCUCAGUUUGCAAGAUGGCCGCUGCCGGCAGCCUAUCAGAUGGCAGUGAAAGAGACUCUGGUGCUCAGGACAGCAGUAAUGACGCUGACAGCGAGGCCUCAGAGAGCGAGUGGGCCCCACGCACCCCCUCCUCCAGCCACAGCCACGGGCACAUGUCCACCCCAUCGUCCACCUCCACCCUCACUCCAUCACCUACACCCAUCUCCGCCUCCUCCCCUUCACCGUCAUCCUCCACGAGGCAAGGUGGCGCUGUAGAGCAGCUAGUUACUGCAGUGUCUAAAGUCAACCUCGGGUUCACCUCUGCGGACUGCUCUCCUUCUACACGCUGUUCUCCAGAAGAGCAGGGAGAAACACAGUCACGAGACAACCUCCACCAUCAACACCACCAGGGGGCCUUCCAGGUGCUGUCCCACAGUUACACACCCAGCUCCAAGGAGUGCUCCAUCCAGUCCUGCCUCCACCAGUUCACCUCUGUGGAACUGCUGAUGGGCAACAACAAGCUGCUGUGCGAGAGCUGCACUGAACGCAGACAGAAACAGCUGCGAAAGAGCGGCUCAGUCGAUAAGAAGGUGGAGAAAAUGUACACAAGCGCUAGGAAGCAAAUGCUGAUAUCCUCGCUGCCUCAUGUCAUCACGUUGCAUCUUAAACGCUUCCAUCAGGCAGGGAUGAACUUACGAAAAGUCAACCGCCAUGUUGACUUCCCUCUGAUCUUGGAUCUGGCUCCAUUCUGCUCGGCGUCUUGCAAGAACCUGGCAGCCGGUGAUCGCGUCCUCUACAGCCUGUAUGGGAUUGUUGAACAUAGUGGCUCAAUGCGGGGGGGCCACUACACUGCUUAUGUGAAAGUCCGUGCUCCCCAGAGGAAAACAGAACAGCACCACAGGAACCUAUCAGGUGCGAGGGAUGCCGGUGGCAGCUCCCAGGGCCAGUGGGUGUACAUCAGCGAUACCACCGUUCAGACCGUACCAGAGUCAAGGGUACUCAACUCUCAGGCAUACCUUCUCUUCUACGAGGAGAUGCUGUAAUGUGACACAGGAAAAUACUUUUCCCAAGAUCUCUGUUUUGCUUUGUGUUGUUACAUGCCUGUACUACUCCUCUUACUGUAUCUGUGAGUAGGUCGAGGGAAGAAAAGGGAAAGACUUCACUGUACACUCACUUGUCUUACAUAAGAGGAAUGACCCUUGUGUCAUUCUCAGUUCAAAUUGGCACUUGAAUAUGUUGAUGUGAAUAUCUUAGAUAUAUAAAAGAUAAUAUUUUCUGCUUUGAUAUAGCCCAGAUUUUCAUUCAUGUUUCCUGUUUUAAAAACCCUACUCUUUAUAAAGAGGCCGGGAGAAAGGAGGGUUACUGAAUCUGAGCUGUUCUUAGUUUAUUGUCUAUCUCUGUCACAAUUAUGUGCCUGAGAUAAGUGCAUGGAAGAGUUUGCUACAGUAACUAACAGGAAAUAAUGCAGAAUUAUCGCAUGCUAAACUGCCCUGACUAGUUGAUGUCAGUUUGUGUGUGUGUGUGUGUGUGUGUGUGUGUGUGUG